AUGGGGUUUCGAAGUCUUCAUGAGUUCAACCUAGCUUUGUUAGGGAAACAGUUUUGGAACUUGCUUCAGAAACCAAAUUCCUUGGUGGCUAGAGUUAUGAAAUCAAAAUACUACCCUUCUAGACCUAUCCUAGAAGCAGAAUUGGGGUAUAACCCGAGCUAUGUCUGGAGGAGUCUGCUGGCAGCCCAGCGAGUUGUGAAGGAAGGGGUGAGGUGGAGGAUAGGAGAUGGUCGAAAAGUGGAUAUCUGGCAAGAUAGGUGGGUUCCCUCAGCUGAAAAUCUCAAAGUAAGCUCCCCAGUGACUUUGAUAGGGGAAACUACUUCGGUAAGUGAACUCCUAGAUGUGAAUACUCGCAGUUGGAAUCAGGAUUUACUACACACACACUUUAGCCAUCAAGAUAUGUUGCAUAUUCUUAAAAUCCCCAUACCAAGACAACCAUGUGAAGAUCGCUUAGUGUGGAGAUUGGAAAAAAGGGGUGCUUAUACUGUGAAAACAGCCUACCAUUUUUGGAGAAACAGGGAGGAAGAGACUGUGGGAGAACUUUACACACCCAUUGAUUGGGAUCGAUACUGGGGAUUAAGAGUAUCACCCAAAGUCAAGGUGUUUGGGUGGAAAUGGAUUAGAAAUAUUCUCCCUACAAGGGCAAAUGUGGUGGACAGGAUUAUGAGAGGAUGUGAUGAAUGCCCUUUUUGCGGCCAAAGGGAAACUCAACACCAUAUUUUCCUAGACUGCGGGUGGGUUCGAAGAGUUUGGCGUCCUAGUCCCCUAAGUACUAUGUUCGAGAAGGGAGAGGAUUUUACCUGCGAAAAUUGGAUGGUGCGACUUCAGAAGGAGGAAAAUGAUGCGGAGAUUGGGAAAUUCCUCGUAGCGCUGUGGUUCAUAUGGGAGGAGAGGAACAGUCAGCUCUGGAACAAAACGAAGCUUGAAGAAGGCGAAAUUUUGGGAAAAGCGAGCAGAUGGCUGGAGGAGUACCUGGAACAUCAGGAGGAGAGGAUGGUCCUUUCGAUGCAGAGAGUUCACCGAUGGAGGCCCCCAGAAACCACCGAUUUCAAGAUCAAUGUGGACGCGGCCUGUUUGGAGGGAGGAGGAUCGGGUCUGGGAAUGGUGAUUCGCAAUCGGCAAGGUUUGUUCUGCUUUGCUGCCGUGAGGAGGGUUCGGGACUCCUGGACUCCCGAGUUCGCCGAGCUACAAGCUAUUGCUUUCGGCCUGGAAAUAGCGGAGCAACAUCAUCUUCUACCGGGAAUGAUCGAGUCAGAUUGCCAGACGGCGAUCCACCUGCUAAGGAGAGAAGAAAGAUCGCUGGUGGAGGAAGGAGAUCUGGUCGAUGAGAUCAAGGAAAUGAUAGAUAGGGUUGGCUCGAUCUCGGUCCAUUUCUCGGGUCGGACCAGUAACCAGGUUGCCCAUAUUUUGGCUCAUAGCAUUUGUGGUUGGGGUGAAACCGAAUCUUGGGUCGGUCAACCCCCUUAUUUUAUUUUAUCACAACUUGAAUCUGAUUCCUGUACUAUUUCGUUAUAA